GCGAGAGACGAGAUGGAUAGUCUCUGAAUGUUUGCGAUCAAUCCAGUGGUAGAUUAUGAAGGUUGAGAGCUAUCAGAAACAACACAGUUGUGAAUUCAUUAUAAUGUGCCAGUUUAAAUGUGUGUACCGGUACCUUACCUCCUGGAGAUAAAACUUAGUAAAUGUUUUAUUACCCGAAUGGAUAUGGAAUGGUCAUGAAGAGCGCGCAAAGGAGUCGCAUUGAUUGAUUCAUCGGAUCUUGAAUGAGAACACUACUGAAGGCCAGACUGCGGUGCUACAGUACCUGUUGUGCCUACAGCAACAUUUGGAGCAGCUAUGAUGGAUAAACCCUCUACUGCUCCUCCACACACCUCCCAUCCCACAAUAGAUGUGCCUUGACGGCCCAGUCCCUCCCCUCUGACAUCUGCAUCCCCCUCUCCACAGCCCUGUUCCAUCCUGUCUACAUAAUGUCUCGUACAGACUACAAAAAUGGUGCCAUUUCUCAAACGCAUUACACAUAUGGCCAACUCUGCCCCAUGGAAGUUAAGAACUACAGGAAAAGACCCACAAUGCCUUGUUUGGACGAUGUGGAUGACGGUCACAUAAUCCUGCCCAGUGUCCUGGAGGUGAGGCGGGUUCCUCUGUGGCCAUUGGGCCCCUUGGGGAUUGUCACAAAGGUCAAGGUUAUCAGCUUCCUGCUCGGACUGACGUUGACCUUCCUCAUUAUGGCUUCUUACGUCUUGACCUUGGAUAAAAAGGGUCUGAUGCUGACACCGCCACCGUUCCACCUCAGUACUAUAGUCAACCACAGCAGCACCAUCUCCCCUAACCUGUCCUCUACCAAGGACUAUGUCAACAUUAACCUCCUGGUGAAGUGCAUUACAGCUAAACUUGAGUUCAGCCCAAGGAAGCUGCCUCUUCUGAAGGACGUUGUCAAUAGUGACUCUCAUUUGUUUUCCAUUAUUCCUCGUCAGUUCCUCCCCAAUAUCAAGAGUCCAUGCUGGUAUGAGGAGCUCUCUGGGAAAACCAAAGUGGAUCCUUACAGGAAAAACUUGUAUGCAGUUCGCUCCAAGACCUUCCGGACGGUCCGUGACUACCUGAGGAAUCAUUUCCAGGAACACUUGUCCCACAGCGUCGACGACAAGCAAUACCGCCUGCGCUGUCUGCCAUAUUUCUACAUCAUUGGCCAGCCCAAAUGUGGCACAACGGACCUGUUUCACCGACUGCUGCUACACCCGGAGGUCAAGUUCACCACCAUGAAAGAGCCCCACUGGUGGACAAGGAAAAGGUUUGGUAUCAUCCAUCUUAAAGACGGCCUCCUGGAGCGCUUCCCUGUGGAGGACUACCUGGACCUUUUUGACCUGGCUGCCUACCACAUCCAGCAGGGAAUACUGGGGAAUACCUCUGGAGAUGACAGCCAGCGACACCUCAUCACAGGUGAAGCAAGCGCAUCCACAAUGUGGGACAACCAAGCCUGGAGCUAUCUCUAUGACAACCGGGUGGAUGGGGAGCCUCCUUUCCUGGCCCAGGACUUCAUCCACACUGUUCAGCCCAACGCUAAAAUCAUCGUCAUGCUCAGAGACCCAGUAGAGAGGUUGUAUUCAGACUAUCUGUACUUCAACAUGGCUAACAAGUCAGUGGAGGACUUUGACCAGAGGGUCUCAGAAUCCUUACAGCUGUUUGAGGCUUGUUUAGCAGAGAGCUCCAUGCGUUCCUGUGUCUACAAUACUAGACUUUCCAAUGCCAUGCCGGUCAGACUGAACCUGGGACUGUAUAUUGUCUUCCUGCUGGACUGGUUGACUGUCUUCCAUAGGAAUCAGAUCCUGGUUCUGCAGUUAGAAGACUACGCUGCCAAUCUGAGACUCACCAUAAAUAAAGUCUUUGACUUCCUAAACGUGGGGCCUUUAUCUGAGCAGAUCGAGGCAGUACUCACCAAGAGGCCCAUGUCCAACACACGGAGGGCAGCAGACAGGAUCUUGGGCCCCAUGUUGCCCAGCACCAGGGACCUCCUCAGGGUGUUCCACCGGCCAUUCAACCACAAACUGGCCACAGUCCUGGACAACAAGGCCUUCCACUGGACAGAGACAUGAGGAAUGUCUCAAUCAGAGAUGGAUACAAUCCUGAGGAGUAAGUCCCCCAUGGUCCUAUGAGUCCAAUGAGAUGAACUGUCAAGUGGAAUAAACCAUGGACAUUACAUGUCACAAUGGGUGAAUGUAUAGACAUUAAAAUGGCUGAGGUACUGAACAAUGCAUCUGUCUAGUACUUUUUUAAAUAACCUCUAUUUAAUUAGGCAGGCCUGUUAAGAAAAAAAAAUUAAUUUACAAUGACAGCCUACCCUGGCCAAAGCCUAAUGCGGGUGACACUGGGCCAAUUGUGCGCUACCCUACAAGACUCCCAAUCACAGCCGGUUGUGAUACAGCCUGGAAUUGAACCAGGGCCUGUAGUGACACCUCUAGCACUAAGAUGCAGUGCCUUAGACCUUUGCGCCACUCGGGAUGAUAUCAUUUUUUGUGUGGUUUGACGGCGGUGCCCUUUUUGUGUGGUUUCACGGCGGUGCCCUUUUUGUGUGGUUUCACGGCACCGCCAUUGCACGGCGGUGCCCUUUCAUGUUGGUGAAGAGUUCGCUUUUUGUUGGAGCCUCCAGGAAAAUGACUGGGAUAGAACCUGGUGGACUACUCCCUCUAGUGGGGAAGCUUUCCAUAUGACACAUACUGAGAGUGAAAGGAGAGCCUUCACAAUGCUAAUGAUGGAUCAUUUUUAUAUACUGUAUGCAAGUGUUUCCCAUCUGCAUUCCUCGAGUACCCCCAACAGCACACCUUUUUGUUGUAGCCCUCUGCAAACUCACCUGAUUCAAAUCAUUGCGGGCUUGAUGAUUAAUAGACAAGUUGAAUCAGGUGGGCUUGUCCAGGGCUACAAAAAACGUGCAGUUGGGGGUAUUCGAGGACUGGAUUUGAAAAUACUGCUGUAUGCCACUGGGCAUUUCAAUUGCAGUCAUUGUGAAAUAAUUCUGUAAGAAACAAUAUUGGAGCAAACAGCACAAUGGAUUUUAUCAGAUGACGUUGCCUUCAAGUAAUGGAAGGUGAUGCCAAAGAAACAUUUCCAUCCUGGAUGGGCAAUAAAGUUUUAUUCUAUUCUAUUCACUUUUAAAAACAAA